AUGGCGACGGUGGGAGUUUGAAGUUUAGCGCCACGAAACGAGACAGAGAAACCGAGGACACUAAGACAGAGUCCGUCUGUGUGAGUGUCCCGCUGCAGUCCGGCCUGUCUAACACAGCAACAGCCUGUCUCUCCAUCUGUCUGUGUCUCAGAGGACCGGAGGACAGGUGGGACCGGAUCACAGGAGGAUGUUUGAGGACCUGGUUGAAGCCUUCUGUGGUCUGGAGCCUCAGGCCUCUGUGGAGGGUGAGACAUGUCGGAGGCUGCAGGGCCUGGAGGAAGAGGAGGGGGCGGAGUCCAGUCUGAGUGUCGGACAGUUCGUCCUUUGUCAUUGGUCAGAUGGACUGUACUACCUGGGCAAGAUACAGAGGGUGAGCCCUCCCAGGCAGAGCUGCUUCGUCACUUUUGAGGACAAUUCCAAGUUCUGGGUCCUUUGGAAGGACAUCCAGCACGCUGGAGUGCCGGGGGAGGAGCCUCGCUGCUCUGUGUGUAGGCUGGCGGAGCCAAACACUGACAGCCAAUCAAAUCAAAACAACCAGAUCCUCAUCUGUGGGAAGUGUGGCAUCGGUUUCCACCAGCAGUGUCAUGUCCCCCCUGUAGAGGGCAGCAACAGUCUCAGUCCCUGGUUCUGUAGACGCUGCGUCUUUGCUCUUGCUGUCAGGAAAGGGGGCGCUCUGAAGAAAGGUCCUAUAGCCAAAGCACUGUCAGCCAUGAAGCAGGUGUUACCAUACGACCUGGACUCUCUGGACUGGGACUCCCAGCACCGGACCAAUCAGCAGCAGUGUUACUGUUACUGUGGAGGCCCUGGAGAGUGGUACCUGAAGAUGCUGCAGUGCUUCAGGUGUCAGCAGUGGUUCCAUGAAGCCUGCACUCAGUGUCUGCAGGAGUCCAUGAUGUUUGGAGACAGGUUCUACCUCUUCCUGUGUUCAGUGUGUAAUAAAGGAUCGGAGCACGUCCGUCGUCUGUCUCUGAGGUGGGUCGAUCUGGUUCACCUGGUUCUCUACAACCUGUCGGUCAGCAGCAAGAAGAAGUACUUUGAGCUUGAUGAGAUCCUCGCCUUCGUCUCUGCAAACUGGGAACAUUUACAGCUCGGAAAGCUGUCCAACACUCCUCCAGCAGAGAGGGGGCAGCACCUGCUGGACGCUCUGAACAAAUACAAGAGCAAGUUCCUCUGUGGGAAGGAGAUAAAGAAGAGGAAGUGCAUCUUCCGUCUGAGGACCAGGGUCCCACCCAACCCCCCCUCCAAGCUCUUUCCUGAGCGUGCUCAGAACGAUGGGGGGCGGGGCCGUAAGAAGGGCGUGGUCAGAAACAGCGCUUCAGCUGAGAGGAAGAGGAGGAAGUCCAAGUGGCUUCUCGAAGAUGCCAUUCCUAACAACGAGUUGUCCUGCAGCUGGACGUCCAACCAUCACAUGGCCAACAUAUUUGACUUCACCCUGGAUGAACUGCAGAGCCUGAAGAGUACUUCCAGCAGAACGAUCAGUAUUGAUCAGGACUCCACCGACGCCUCCACUUCAGGCUCUGCUACGACCAGCGCUUCCUACCAUUUUAGGAGGCGGGUGGGCAGCAGGAAGAGGAAGUUACCUAGCAACAGCUACAGCCAGUGGGCCAAUCGCAGUGAGGUGGGGGAGGACCUUGGUGGGGAGGAGCUUUCUGGGAUCCUGGAGGACCAAGAAGCUGCAAACCAUGCUCACCUGUCAUCAGACUCCUCCCACUUCCUUUCUGACCCCUCCCAGCUCCCAUCUGACUCCUCCCACCUCCACUCCUCCAUCUCCUCCUAUUUUGGAGUGGCAGGCAGACUGACCAAUGGGGAGAGGUACCAAGUGUUGGCUCGCCGGAUCACUCCCCAGGGCACGGUUCAGUACCUGCUGGAGUGGGAGGGGACAACACCAUAUUAGGAUGUCUGCAGGGGGUUAGAUAUCCUGUGAGGCUUUGAUUCCUCUUCCUCCACUCACUGCACUCCUCAUCAGCUCGCGGUCAGACCUCUCAUUAUUGGUUGAAACCACAUAUCGCUCGCUCAGUUACCUCAUGAGUGAUGCUACAGUAUUUACUGUGUCUGUGACAGCUGUCCACCUGACGGAUCACCUGAUCUGGUUACCCAGGUCACUCGUUUUAAUGUAAGUUAAUCUUUUUAAAAAUACUAGGAACCAUAGUUUUUUUAAUUCUUUAUUUUCUCUUAAACAUUAACGUUUAGCAUCACAGCUAAGUGUUAGGAUUACACCCCAGUGUGUGUAUGCCUGUGGAUGUCCUCACAAACCCAUGUCCUCAUAAACAUGUCAGUGUGUAUGUCCCCAUAAACCUGUGUGAUAUGUAUGUCCCUGUAAACCGCUGGCUGAGGGAGUACAGGUGUGUUUGGAGGAAUCAGGUGUCAAAGCUGAUCAUGAUCCUGUGAGAACAGUAUUUAGUGAAAACAAAAUGUUUAACUACAACCAAAGACCGUGCACACUCACACAGACACACACUCCGUAGUGUUAUAUGCAUACGUAGAUAUUCUUUGCUCUGUCCAAACACGUUUCUUCUUCUUUGUCUCUGGGUUGUUAAACAGCCAGAGGCCCCUGUAGCUUCCUGUAGUGCCCCCCAGCUGUCAAACAGCAUGCUGCCUUACCUGUCCUCACUGCUCACCUGUGAGUUAUAUCAUGGUCAGCAGUUUGUACUGAACUGAACAUGAAGCACUUCGUUUAAAGCAAUCAUCGGUUAGCUUAGCAAACUGCCGCUCUGAUCAGCAGCUUUCAUUUCUGACCACACCCCAGUCAGUGAUGUCACAACAGGUGAUGUCACAGGGUGGAGAUCUGAGCAGCAGCUGAUCAGGUACCGGCAUCUGUUCAUCGUACACCUGUACUGAGAGAUGGGAAACGAAAUCCACAGUCUGAGUUCUAAGCUUCAUGUUGAGUGUUUGUCAUUCACAGUGAAAGCGCGGUGGGAGGCCCCGCCUCCGAGCUCACCUGUAACAGCUCACAUCAUUCAGUGUUGUAUUUAUUCAUUUAACCACUGAACUUAAUUAACGUAAAUGAAGUGCAUAGGUUACGGCCUCUGCACCAACACGUGUGUUUUCCUGCCUAAAAACAUUUCAUGAGAUUAAACUAAAAAACAUCAGAGUGACAUGAAACCACCGUGUGAUUGGCAUCAGCGUUACACAGCAUCGAACCUGCGUUUCCUCAGGAGACGCCGGCGCGCUGAGCCAGUGACGGCGCAGAUUUGAUUUGUGCGACUCAGAUUCAGACUGUGGAUUCACAUCUCGUCCAUCCUCUGACAGUUCAGUCAGGAUGAACAGGGACGUGGACAUGAGAGGCUUUCCUUCUUUCCUUCAUCAGAAAAACUACAAAUCCCAGUGGACCCGACGGUUCCUUUACCCAGAGUUCAGCAUUUCCUCGUGUUUACCUUCAGAGUAUUAAUCUGUUUCCUGUCAACAUCUGUUGUGUUGCACUAUCAUUACGUUCAGUAUCUAUGCAAACAUCACAUCCAGACUGAUAAUCAGUCCCAUUGAUCAGUGAUCAGGAGCCGAUGCUGUUCACGUCCUGACAGAACCUGAAGUAAUGAAUGUUGAGACGUUAGCUUCUGUUUGUGGCGACAUCAGAGGUUAGCUCGAAGAUAACAAAGCCCAUUGCUGUGAAUGAGGAAUGCUAACAGUGCUAAUAGUGCUAACUGUCUGUGAGACAUUAAACUGUCACUCUGUCACUUUAAACCUGCAGCUCCUCCUCGCUGCCGUGGUAACCACACUCUCCUCCCAUUGGCCUGUCAGACAGUUGUUUUGAUCAUGUGACUGUAUUUUUGCCCUUUUGUGCCAAUCUGACCAAUCAGCUGCCAGCUUUCUCUGGAAUUAAAAAAAAACUGAUGU